AUGCGCAUCUCGCAUCUCCGCGGACUGGCGCAGCCCAUGAAGUGCGACAUCGCCAUCAAACAUCCAUAUGGCAGACCAUGGUUUACGGUCGGCGAUGUCGUGGGAGGCGCCAUAAAACUAGAGUUAAAGAAAGAUGUUUCUAUCACAAGCGUGGUGGUGUCGUUGACUGGGAAGCUGACUUUGUCGUUCGUACCUGUUGAAGAGGAGUUUUGGAUAGACGGAUUUCCGGAUUCUAGAGGUAUCAAAAUCACCAAGAAGAUCCUAGAUUGCCAUCACACUUUGAACCCCAGUACAUAUGAGAAGGACCACCGAGGAUUAGAGAAAGGUCAUCUUCGGAUUCCAUUUCGCCUUCAAUUCCCCAUCCCCCCAUGCUCGCAGUUUUACGCACCCCCAAGCCUUGACAUGCGCGAAGAUGACCUCAGGGCCACCGUCACCUACUCUGUUCGGGUCGAGGUCAGCACAGCGUCCAAAGUGCGCUCGAAGCUAGUAGAGAAGCACGCGAUUCUAUUCCGGCCACCGAACCACGUCGUGCUUCAUCGCCCCCUAUCGAUUCCCACAACGAGCAUUUGCGCGAUGCUCGCGGCGGACAGUUUGAAUCCGGGCGUCACCCCGCCGUACGAGGCACCAUAUCUUCCCCAGUAUUGUCCCGCAUUGCAAGUGGAUCUUACACUACCAUCGCCUACCGUUUUACAACUCGGCCAGCCCGUACCGAUGGAGCUGGAUAUCACGGUAACGGAAGACUUGAUGUCGUGCCUCGGCUGCAUCCGGCUACGACGACUACAUAUUUCCUUGACGGCGGCUACAUCGGUGCAGAGCGGUCCUGCUAGCAGAGCGACGGAGUCAACUACGACCAUUUGCUCCAUAAACGGAGAUUUCUCUCUCAUUUCGGGAGGGAAGAGGGGCACUUGCAGGAUUGAUAGCAAUCUCUGGCGAGACCGGGGUGUUCCCGAAGUGCCCAUUUCAUUUUCGUCCUCCAACGUGGCCCGGAGUUAUACCAUGAAUGUGGUCGUCGGGUUCUCGAGCGGAAAGCGAGACAACAUCGAGUGUGUUGCCAUGACCUCGCCUGUCAACAUCUGGUGCCGAUCGGAUCUUCCACCGGAAUAUUCUUCCGAUGGCUACAUUCUCCAGAACGACUGA